AUGGCCAUCCCAAACCAGAAAGCAGCUGCAGGACAGCAGUGGGAUGAGGCCGAAAUCGAGCAAGCGCUGAAGCGACUGGGUGAACUCCACCACCAGAUGCGGAACUUGCGCUCGACCAUUCCUAGGGCAAUGGAACCCCUUUCCAUGCAUGCCUCCCCCGAAGCGACCUUCUCGGCCCUUCAAGAAACUACGAAAUCCGCGUACGGCGAGAUCAAAGACUACAAGCAGGCAGCUACGAACGAGGAGACCGCGAAGGUCCUCGAGCAUGCGAAACAGAGCCGGAAGGACAACCCCAAGGGCAUCAAGCCGUGGCGGGCAAGAGAUGACCCUGACUGGUUGACAACCAACGGCUAA